AAGUAAACACUUUGGUAACAUUUGGGAUCCCAAACCAUUUCCCUUUUCUAGUCUCCAUUCAGUGCCAUUGUCACAAAAAAAAAAAAAAAAAAAAAUGCCGUCUGGAGACGAUGGCAUCACCAUCACUUUCCUAAAGAGAGAACUCGAAGCAUCGUUGAUCAAGAUCGGUUCGUUAGAGAAAGAAAACCAUGAACUAAAGCAAGAAACGAGUCGUCUCAAAACACAAAUAAACACACUUAAAGCACAUGAUCUCGAAAGGAAAACAAUGUUAUGGAAGAAGCUACAAAACACAAUGGAUUGUGGAAAACUUGCUCUAGAUGAAUCAUCACAAAAACCAAAACCUCUUCAAGUAGACGUGCAAAAUGCACAAAUGAAGAAACCGAAUUUAGCCCAUAUAGAAACAACCGUGAAACCAACUUUAAACCAUACAGAAACAACCGUGAAUUUGCCAAAACCACCACCUUCGCCACCACAAUGGUUGCAAAGACGAGUAGCCGGUCCACCACCUCCACCACCACCCCUACCUUCGAGUCCAAUUGGAUCAAAGGCAGUACGACGUGUGCCAGCAGUUAUGGAGUUUUAUAGAUCAUUAAUGAAAAGAGACACGCAAAAAGAUAAUAAGAAUGGGGCGACAGGGUUCGCCCCAGUUACAUAUUCCCGAGACAUGAUUGGAGAGAUAGAAAACAGAUCAACUUAUCUUACAUCCAUAAAAUCAGAUGUCGAAAAAUAUGGUCAGCUGCUAAAUUUUUUGAUAAGGGAAGUCCAGAGUGCAGCAUUUACGGAGAUUUUGGAUGUGGAAGGAUUUGUUAAGUGGCUAGACAGUGAGUUGUCGUGUUUAGUAGACGAAAGGGCUGUACUAAAACACUUUCCACAGUGGCCCGAAAGAAAAGCUGAUGCAUUACGUGAAGCUGCUUUCAGUUACCGAGAUUUAAAGAAUCUAGAAUCUGAAGUUUUGGGUUUUAAAAGCAGUCCAAAACAACCAUUGAUUCAAUCUUUUAGGAAGAUGCAAGCACUGCAAGACAGAGUGGAGUCAAGCAUUAGCGGAUUGGAAAGAACGAGAGAAGGUAUAAGCAAGAAAUACAAGGAGCUUCAAAUUCCAUGGCAAUGGCUGAUGGAUACAGGAGUUGUUGGACAGAUAAAACUAAGCACACUUAAACUUGCAAGAGAAUGUAUGAGAAGGGUUGCGAAAGAAUUAGAAUGCAAUGAAGCUUCACGAGACGGGGAUCUUUUACUUCAAGGGGUUCGGUUUGCUUUUCGGGUUCACCAGUUUGCAGGAGGUUUUGAUACAGAAACAAUGAAUGCAUUUGAAGAGUUAAAGGAGAUUGGAAGCAACAUCUACAACAAGUAGCAGUAUAGGUUAAGGAUAUGAAUGGCAUGGUUAAUGUUGUUUUAACUUAAUGUAUAUGUGUUGUAUGUAUGUAUAUGCAUAUGGAGGAAAUGAUGAAGUGGCAUAUGAAUGCAUAUCUUCAAAGGAAGCAGAGUUAUAGUAACAAAAAGAAUUUGGGCAUUCAUUAGCCAAGUAAUUAUUCAUAAUUGACAUUGGUUUACCAUGUUAUAUAUAUAUACUAGCAGCUAUAAA